AAAGCACGCGCCGUGUUAUGUUAUGUUACCAGGCAACGAUCCACAAUUACAUUCCUCCAUGCCUCCUCCCCCCAGAUGUGUACUGAACCGCCCCUGGAUUGUGGCUGCAUGUUGCCGGAACCCGGCUCGAGAGCGCAUAAGGGCAGGGAGUGGUUUGAACGAGACAGGUGUUUUCAACAAAUCAUACGUGAGCCAGAGACUCGCGCGUACGUGGACGUGGGGAAGGAAACUCGCCGCCUGGUCCCGCAAACUGGGACAAUCAAACAUUUCGCGGGCACGUCUUGUUUGAUCGGGAACAAUACAGGACGUGUCCGCGUGGCCCGGCGGCCAUAGACGGGCUCCAUAGCACCAACACGACCCGGUCGCUCGCAGCGGGUCCGCCUUGGGCAAUCUGUGCGCGGGAAGAAGAAUGGAAAACUUCAACCGAGAAGCCAGCUUUCACUGACGAGACGAACAAACGUAAUUUUUCUUUCGUCUGCCGCGUUCUUCAUGUUGAUGUUUUGUGGCGAGACUACAGACAACGUCGUCCCAGAGGACAGGUGUAACUGGGCGUCUCCCCACUGUCUCUAAGGAAGAACACAGGGUAAUCGUCUUCGUCUGAUAUCAUCUCCUUAUUUCCAUAUCUCGCGGGAAAGGAGCUUCAGUUAAUCGGGAGAUCAGCCUGCUCUGUCUGAGAUAUAUCCCGCCAAAUUCACAACCACGGCUGUCGGACAAAUACGAGGCAGACGGAGAGGCAAAACAGGUAGGUGUGGCGACGUCCUGGGGCGAGAUGACAUGUAGAAGGAUGCGCUCAAGACUUCACCGGGACUGAAGGAGGAAUCCCCAUCUCCUUAACUCUCAGAUUGGGCGGUCAGGCUGAGGGCACGCAGCUCGAGUGGUUGGCGAUCUGUUUUGUAAACAUGGACACGGGUGAGGUCGCGGUGGGAGGCGACGUCGGGCCACGGGCAGACACCGGAGUAGCGGGGACCAAGUUCGGGAUGUCUUCUUCUUUCGAGUCCAAGCGUCCGAGUGUUUCGUUCAGCCAGGUCGAGGAAGACUCGGAGGACAAACCCAAGAGCAAGCUGCCGAAGGACGCGGCGGACGUGAGAGAGAUGUCGGCACAGAUCGUCGCGGACGUCUUGGCCAGGUCCGUUCUAGAACACCUGAUCGUGAACCAGAAGAGAUUGGGACUGAGCGUGGAGGCACUGACCGCGGCGCGGGCGGCCGCACACUGGGCGGCGUGCAGGCCAGCGGCGCCCUGCUUACAAAACCCCGAGGCGGCGGCAUGGGAGGUCAUACAGGCCGCCAACAAAGCCUCGAGAGCGAGCCAGGCCGCCACAGACGCGAAAUUAACCACGAAAGAUGCCGAUAAAAACUCUGAAGUUGGGAAAACAAACGGGAAAAACGGACUUUCAGUGGCGAACGGGACAAAUGGUAGGACUAAAGAGAACGGCACCCGUCCGAAGAAGACAUUUAGGAGCAAAACAUGCAUCAUUUUGUGACUUUUGUUAUUUGCACCUGCUGCAGGGGUUUAAUCUCCUGUAUUGACAUCGUCUCAGCUGUUUGCACAAAAUCAAUCGUAAUGACAGGAAACGUCUUUUGUGUACGUGAAUGAGAAUCAUAAUGACCAAAGGAAGCCUUUUCAGCACCAGGGACAGCAUAGCUCUUGUGUCCAUUAUUGUGUUUUCUGGAUUGGAAAGAAAAAGGAGCCGUAUUUUUUCAGCUGCUCGUAAGAUUUUCAAACAAAUCCCCAUGUUCGCAUAUGUUGCUAAUUAUUGACAUAUCUACCGCCAAAUGUUGUGAUAUAACGAUGUUUUGUAACUGUUCAAAGAGUCUUAGACGAAAGUAGUGCCAUAGACGUGUACUGUUACGUGCUGUCUGCUGCUCACCAGGGUAGGAUUUCUACACCUCGACCUUUGACCAGGCUGUGACGUCAAUCGAGCAUGUUGAAAUCCCACGUAUGUGCCGUAUUGUGCCGUGUUGUUGCCUAGUAACCAGAUUCAGACAUGAUUAAAAAUGACGACGCUGUUGUAAGAGCAGGAUAUUGCCCGAGCAGCUUUGAAUUCCAUGUCCACACAUCAAAUGUUUGUUACAUUUUUGUAUUGAACGUUUAUUGAAGAUUUUCAGGGGGGCAUUUAUCGCGCAUUUUAUUGUAAUAUUGUACAACAGUGUAUGUAUUUCUUAUGAGAUACAUGUAUAUAUGCUUAUUCUGAUUGGUUCUUAUGCAGUUCUCAUGUGAUUGAGAAUCCCCCCCCCCCCAGACAAUGAAUGAAUUAUAUCGCUUUGAAAC